CCGUGAUUCCCCCCGGAGGGGGACGCGGCAGCCACCCGGGGGCAGGCGGCUCGGGCUCCCGGCUGCAGGCGGCGCUGUGUCGGGCGGCCGCGGGCCUGCAGCCGGCGGACGGGCGGCCGCUUCCUGCAGGAUUUAGGGGCGGCCGCGCCAUGGCCGGGCCGUUCCUGCUGGAGAUCCGGCGGGGGACGCAGAGCGCCUUGCUGCUCGUCCGCGAGGCCAGCCUGCGGAGCCUGCCGGCGGACAUCAGCCUGGCGCCGGCCCGGCUGGAGCUGCGGAGCGCCGGGGCCUGCGGGGCGCUGGAGCUGCCGCCAGGGGUCAGCCUGGCCCCGGGCUCCUGCCGCGGCCUGCGGCGCCUUCCCGGCGAGGGCCUGCACCUCCGGCUGCGGCUGCGGGCGGCGCCGGGCGGCGCGGAACUUGUUUAUAAUUUGAGGGAAAGCCUGAAACCCCAGAAGAAUUGCAUCUUUUACUGCCAGUCCUGUGGUGAUGUCAUAGUAAAAGAACGGAAAUUUCUCAGAGUUCUCCCUCUACCAAGUGAAAACUGGAGUGCUUUAGUUGAAGAGUGGUGUUGCCACCCUAACCCCUUUGCCAAAAGCACUUUGCACCCUCAGCGUGAUGACUGUUUUCUUGGAGACACUUUUUUUCUGUUGAAUUCAGGAAAUGAAUCGCAUGUGCCUGAACCUCCCAUAUGCUUCUCAGAGACUGGCCAUCAUGCUUCUCAGAAUGGCUCUACCUUGAAAUCGAAGGAAAAUACCAGAGUAUUUUGUAAGCGCUGCAAGACAAUGUUGGGAGAAACAAUAUCAUCAGAUACUAUUAAAUACUAUGUCACUGAGGUGAUUGUACAACCAUCUGAGGGAAGUUUCAAAACAAUACCAAGGUCUCAAUUUGUACAGAGCAUGGUUGCUCAGUGUCUUAUGGAAUUGUCCUCUGCUAAAAGCACAUUUAGAUUCACCAUAAAAGGGGAUGAUGGAAAGAUCUAUAUUCUGAUAUGGCUUUUAAAUUCUGACACAUUGCUGGUGGAGUCUUUAGGAAGUUCCUCUUCCCACAAUGUUUUUACACUGUUUGGAGAUAUUUUCAUGCCUAACUCUGGACCAGUGGGGACCUGGAAUGCUGUCAAAGUUCUUUACCAGCCAUGCAUUAAGAGCAGGAAUAAAGACCUUGCUGAUGCGUGGGAAAAUGAUUUUGGAGUUCAUCCCUUAAAAUUUCCAUCAGAAACUUGUCUGGAAUUAUUGCUGAUACUGGGAUUGAGUACUACCUCUCUGCCCCCUUCACUUCAGUGCAUGAACUCUUUUCAGAUUCUUCACUGUGGUUUACAUCACUGGAGCAGCCUGGAAGAAAGAAGCAGCAGUAGACUACGGUACACAGCUCUCAGUUUAAAGGGGUAAGGUAGAAAUACUGAGGCUGGAAGGUGAACAACUGAGCUUUACAUCCUUCUGUGGAACAGCGUAGAAUCAACUUUCUGCUGAACACACCGGUUCUGAAUUCAGGUUGCGUUCUCUGCUUCCACAGAAAGAAAAUACAUUUUCAGCUAUAUUUUUAUAGAACAGUAGCUAGUGACUAGUUAAAUUAAUCAAAAGUGUCUAUUCCACAUGGUUAUCCUGGGGAUAUAUUCCAUUAAGGACUGCUCUUUCUGUUUUAAGGUGAUAUCUAGAAUGCAACCAAAUAUUAUCUGUAGAACUUAAUGUGUUUUAUUCUGUAAUUUUUUUUUUUUUUACUUUCCUCCUCUACUCUUAUUUUCUACCCCUUCCUGCCCCUUCAUAUAGUGCUCUUUCUAAAAUCUAGACUUAAUCCUGGUAACAGUGAACAAAGUGAGAACUUUUUCAGUUUGAAGGGUUUAAUGUAGACUUUUAAGAAGAAAUUCAACAGCAAAUAAAAUUAAAUCCAUGUUGCAUACCACAUAGCUAACCUUCAGAGGUUGCAAUUUAUCUAUGUAAGUAAAUAAGAAUUUCACUUUUUUUUUUUUUCUGCUCAAGUGCUGAUGUUUUUGGAGAGCUGGAGCUGGAGAAGUGCUCCAGCAGUGUAGUGCUCUUCUGAACUCUUCUGGGAGGAGCCAGGAUACUG